CGAUGGACAGAACCCUGUCGUCGAUGGACUCGUUGUCGGCCUCUUCGGGCCUGACGUCAGCGCUGGGCGGUUACGGAGCGCUCGGCGGAGCGCAGAUACAGUCGCCGUACCUGCAGUUCGAUCCGCUCCUUCUGGAGGCCAACGCCGGCAAAUCGGAGUUCAUUUUCCCGGACGGCGGCCAUCGCGCCAAUAGAGGCCGCUUCGAGUUGGCCUUCAGUCAGAUCGGGUCGUCGGUGAUGACCGGCGCCGGCAUUGGCGGCACUAUUGGCGUCUAUAGAGGUCUGAGAGUAGUGUCGGAGCUGAAGGAGUCGGUAGCCGUCCGUCGCUCGCAAUUACUUAAUUACGUGACGAAAAACGGCGCCGGAAUGGCCAACACUUUCGGCACAAUAGCGCUGUUAUACUCGGCUAUCGGUGUGGGCCUGUCCUUCGUUCAGGACACCAACGAUGACAUCAAUACGGUUUGCGCCGCCGUAUCCACCGGUGCUCUCUAUGGAGGCCUUUCAUCGCCGCCCACUAAUAAGCGGACAGAAAAAGCACUGGAAAUGGGCCGCAAACUAUGGCAAAUCCGUUUGAGGCGCUCAGCCAUUGGCGCCGCCAUCGGUAUGUCCGCAGCCGUCGCUUACUUAUUUUAUGUUAUGUUUGAAGGU